AUGUCAGAAUCUCACUACUUUCAGCCCUCUAAACGGGGGGAGUUGCACGAACUCAAGGAGGAGCUACACUCUAGCAACAAGGAUAAGAAGAAGGAUGCAGUCAAGCGGGUGAUUGCAGCAAUGACCGUCGGAAAGGACGUCUCGUCCCUCUUCCCUGAUGUUGUCAACUGCAUGCAAACGAAUAAUAUUGAGCUCAAGAAGCUCGUUUACUUGUAUGUCAUCAACUACGCCAAAGUGCAGCCCGAACUCGCAAUUCUGGCCGUCAACACGUUUCGCAAAGACUCUCUGGACCCUAACCCUCUUAUCAGGGCCUUAGCCCUUCGAACGAUGGGUUACAUUCGUCUGGAAGCGAUCGCAGAGUACUUGGUGGAGCCUCUCCUUCGCUGCUGCACAGAUCCAGAUCCGUAUGUCCGCAAGACUGCGGCCAUAUGCAUUGCAAAGCUUCAUGACAUAAGGGCUGAUAUGGUGGAGGCUGAGCAGUUGCUCGAUGUUCUGAAGAAGAUGUUUGCCGACUCGAACCCGGUCGUAGUGGCCAACGCAGUUGCUGCUCUCUCAGAGAUCUCCGACGCCUCGGGCAAGAACCUUCUUAAGCAGUUUUUUUCUGAAGACGAGAGCUCUGUAACGAAGCUGCUGACUGCCCUGAAUGAAUGCACGGAAUGGGGUCAAGUGUUCAUACUGGACGCCCUCAUUCACUUUGAUCCGCCAUCGCCUCGUGCCGCGGAGUCGGUCAUCGACAGAGUUACUCCAAGACUCUCGCACGCAAAUGCCGCUGUCGUGCUCUCCGCGGUAAAAGUAAUUUUGAAGCUUCUGAAUAGCAUUUCAAAUGCCGACGUAAUUCAAGCAGCUCACCGCAAGCUGUGUCCUCCAUUGAUCACACUCUUAUCAGCUGAGCCGGAGGUGCAGUACGUGGCCCUUAGAAACAUCGAGCUUAUCGUCAGACGCCGCCCGUCUAUUCUUGCAAAUGACGUGAAAAUGUUCUUUUGUAAAUUCAACGAUCCGCUAUACAUAAAAAUCGAGAAACUGGAUGUUAUCGUUGGCCUUGCGAACGACCGGAAUUUGGAUGCAGUUCUCGCAGAGCUGCGCGAAUACGCGAACGACGUGGAUCACGAAAUGGCAAGGCGCUCUAUUCGCUGCAUUGGCCGUCUAUGCAUGCGACUUCCCGGCGCCGUAGACCGCUGUAUACAAGCUCUCCUCGAUCUCCUCUCUCAUAAAGCCGCAUAUGCAGUGCAGGAAUGUGCUGUCGUGCUUAGGGAUAUUUGCCGGAAGUACACGCGGGAUUAUAGUUCGGUUGUGCCUGCCAUUUGCGAGGUGGCGGACCUCAUGGACGAGCCUGAAGCCAGGGCUUCGAUUGUUUGGAUAAUCGGGCAGUACAGCCAACAUCUGCCAGAUGCCACGGAGCUCCUCUCGACCUUUGCCAGUUCGUUCCUCGAGGAGGUUGGGUCUGUGCAGCUGCAGAUCCUUACGGCCGCUGUAAAGCUCUUCAUGCUGCACCCUAAGCAUAACCAACAACUAGUUAUGCAGCUCCUAAAGACGGCGACGGAGGAAGCGGACAAUCCCGACGUCCGCGAUCGCGCUCUUAUAUACUGGCGCAUGCUCUCAAGAAAUCCGGAGGCUGCUAGGAAGGUCGUGUUCGCUCCUAAGGGCGAAAUGAGUGCUGGGGGAGACGACUUUGAUGACCAGACCCUUACGGCGCUUCUGUCAAACAUUUCGAUGGUGGCUUCCGUAUACCACAAGGUGCCCGAGACAUUCGUAACGCGAGUCCGGCCAGCGGCAGCUAUUCGCAGCACCUCCUCGAAGAGUCUCGGGGGGAGCGUCCUUCAGGCUCAAGGCUCGGAGGAAGAAUCUGGAAGGCAGACCGUGGAGAGAGCAAGGCGCGCAAUCGAGCAGCAAGAGCAGCAGCACAAGAACGAUAGCUCAGCUCGCAGCAGCAGCAGCAGCAGCAGGAGCCGAAGCGACCACUCCAACUCUGACUCCAGCAGCGACAGUGGCCCAGUAGACUUGUUGGAUUUGUCGGAAUCCUCGUCGGCUUCAAUGGGCGUCUCGAAAUGCCCUGAGCCCCCUCCAGUGGUGCUAACGGCAGAGACACCCGGCUCACGGCAGCAGCGCGGCCUAGAGAUUCGCGCGGCUUUACGCAAACCAGAAGGCGGCUCGUUGCAGCUGUAUCUAAGGGCCACCAACCGGACUGGAGCUCCCCUUAGCGACUUUGCCCUUCAAUUCAACAAAAAUUCCUUCGGCUUGGCUCCUGGGGGGCCCCUUACCCUCCCAGUCCUUGCACCAGGAACGUCAGCAGACACGGUCCUCACCGUGUUGCCCAACCAGCUCAACUCCAACUCCCCUCCGACAUCCCCACUCUUCAUCCAGGUAGCAGUGAAGUGCUCCUUGGACAUCUUUUACUUCUCGGUAUCGUACUCAUUAGCCGAAGUUCUUGAGGAACGCGGGCCUAUCCACAAGGAGCUCUUCCGCCAGCACUGGCAAGCGCUCGGCGAAGCUAAACAGGGCUCCACGACUCGCCAACUGGCAAAGCCUCUCAGCCCUCAGGAUGCGACUUCCCUGUUGAAGCAGCAAAGAGUCUUCCUGGUCGCUCAGCGUGCCACAGACACCUACGAUGCCAUCUACUUUUCGGCUGUCACCACUAACAAUCUGUUGGUGCUGUUAGAGUUAUCGAUGCAGAGAGGCAGCCCGAUGACGAAGGUGGUUAUUCGCACGGAAGUGGCUGCUCUGCUGGAGAGACACCAGAGCGCACAAGUUGGCUGGUCUCGAUGCAUACACACUGGGUUCUCUGCAGCACGCUUCGGGAUAGGGAGGCUUAGAAGAGAACCUGCAUGCGUAGCGAAGUGGUUUGAGGAGCUAUACGCUUUUGCACGCCCAUCAGGCAGUACCUGUUCUGUUGGACUUGUGUGGCACGGAGCCUCAACUCCGUCCUCACAACGUUGGUUUGCAGUGAUUCUGGCAGCGUAUUGCUUUCUCGUCUGGCUUUGGAAUCAACAGCAACUCACGUUCCUUCAACAGGAAUUGACGCCAUUCUGCAACGAAGUAUGCGAUUCGUUCCGAGGAAUGCGCCAUGUAGCUGUAGAAAGCCUUCGACGAGGGAUGCAACGGAGGAGACUAGGGCAGGGAUGA